CCCAUCCUUUGAAUCUACAUACAUACAACCAACUUUCUCUUUCUAUCUCUUGCUCUGUAUAUCUAUAAAUAUUUUCAUAAACGUGUAAUCAAAAACCCCCACUCAAAUAUCUUUUCAUGAUCAUCGACAUGAAGACUGAAUCUCCACCACCACUACCACCACCGCCGCCACCACAUCAUCAACAAAAACCACUAACACGACUCAACAACUACGUAGCCAAAUCCGCAAUCGGCAAAAGAUUCAAACUCACCGAAAGAAACUCAACUUUCACCACUGAGUUACGUGCCGGAACCGCCACUUUUCUCACUAUGGCUUAUAUUCUCGCCGUCAACGCUUCCAUUCUCGCCGACAGUGGCGGCACUUGCUCCAUCGCUGACUGUGUCCCCCUCUGUUCUAACCCAGUAAUCCCGCUCUCGAACUGUACUGGUCCGUCUCUGCAAAUCAUUCAGCCGGACGUUUCUUGCAAAUUUGAUCCGGUAAACCCUGGUUACGCUUCUUGCUUAGAAAAAAUACGUAAAGACCUAAUAGUAGCGACGGUUGUCUCAUCGCUAAUUGGCUGUGUUAUUAUGGGUGCUUUUGCUAACUUGCCGUUAGCUUUAGCUCCGGGAAUGGGAACGAACGCUUAUUUUACUUACACCGUCGUUGGGUUUCACGGCUCCGGUAAUGUUUCUUAUCAGAGUGCAUUAGCUGCCGUUUUCAUCGAAGGUUUAAUAUUUCUAGCUAUCUCCGCCAUCGGAUUACGAGCUCAGUUAGCUAAACUCGUUCCUAAACCCGUUCGGAUUAGCUCCUCCGCCGGUAUCGGACUUUUUCUUGCAUUCAUCGGCUUACAAAGCAACCAAGGAAUCGGGUUAAUCGGGUAUAGCUCGUCAACUCUGGUCACACUCGGUGGCUGCCCGAGAUACUCACGUGCCAUGUUAGCUCCGGUAACAUCUUUAGCAAACGGCACUAUCUCAGUCAUCCCCGGCGGGACAGUUUCCGGCGAUAUUUCAUGCGUCCGGGACCGAAUGGAGAGUCCGACCCUAUGGCUAGGGAUAGUCGGGUUUGUCAUUAUUGCUUAUUGUUUAGUGAAGAACAUUAAAGGCGCUAUAAUUUACGGAAUUGUGUUUGUAACGGCGGUUUCAUGGUUCCGUAACACUAGCGUAACGGCGUUUCCUGACACCGUCGCCGGAAAUUCUGCUUAUGAGUAUUUUAAGAAGGUGGUUGAUGUGCAUGUGAUUAAAAGUACAGCUGGCGCAUUGAGUUUUAAAAGCAUAGGUAAAGGGUAUUUUUGGGAAGCUUUAAUUACAUUUUUAUACGUUGACAUUUUAGACACGACUGGUACGUUAUAUUCCAUGGCAAGAUUCGCCGGAUUUUUAGACGACGCAGGUAAUUUCGAGGGUCAAUAUUUUGCAUUCAUGUCCGACGCCACCGCUAUUAUAGUCGGCUCCCUAUUCGGUACGUCGCCGGUGACGGUUUUUAUAGAGUCGUCUACCGGUAUCCGGGAAGGUGGACGGACAGGACUAACGGCGUUGACGGCAGCAGCUUAUUUUAUGCUGGCGUUUUUUUUCACGCCGUUAUUAGCAUCGAUACCAUCAUGGGCCGUUGGGCCCCCACUAAUAUUGGUAGGAGUUUUAAUGAUGAGGGCAGUUGUGGAAAUAGAGUGGAAUGAUAUGAGAGAAGCUAUACCAGCUUUCGUGACGCUGCUUUUAAUGCCCGUCACCUAUUCUAUUGCUUAUGGUUUGAUCGGAGGCAUUGCCACUUAUGUUGCUUUACAUUUGUUGGAUUGGUGUGCUGACCUUUUGGCUAAGCUCCGUGGCCGGAGUUCUCGCCGCCGGGAUGCCAACGGGACGGCGGAUCAUCAUACGGGGGUGAAAGCGGCUGAGAUUGAAGUUUAGGUAUUUUUUUUUGGUUAGAUUAUAUGUUCACAUAUUAAUUCUUUUAAGGGAAAAUUCAAGAAAUGAAAUAGGAAAUUGGGUAUUUAAUUUGGGAUUUAUAGAAGAGAUUGUAUAUAUUUAUGUGAUUGAUUUUUGGUUGGGUAUUUAGAAUUUUGUGUCAUUUUUGAAAUUCA